AUGGUUGAGUUGAGUGACCAGGUAGGAGGAGCGGUUACUUCAUCAUACGCUGUUCAAGACCGGACGCAAGUCGCCGAUGUUGACCCUUCUAUGGUCAUCGAAGAUGACCCGGCCGACUUCCAACCCUGUACACUUUGCGGUAGCGCGGAUCAUGAGGAUGUCUUACUUCUUUGUGAUGGAUGUGAUGCUGCAUCGCAUCUAUUUUGCCUAGGACUGGACGAAAUACCCUCGGGAGCAUGGUACUGUCAGCGAUGCGAAUCACAACGGACAUCGGUGGCGGCUGAGGUGUCGGCGCCGCCGUCGCGCCCGGUCGAGCAAAGGAGUCGACGAACGAGGGCGCAGCAGAGGCGACUGCAGAAUACCAAUCAGACAAAUUCGCAGCACUGGGCCAGGGUCUGGCAGUCUGUCUGGGAUCAUCUGAACCUCGAUCUGGACUUCCCAUUCGAUGACGAUCGCUCCGCCGAACGGGUUAUGCAGCAGCGUCGUCGCGAAGAGGCCAACCAACGCGAGUUUCAGGCCUGGCAACGUCGCUUUGAGAUCGCUGAACGCCAGGGUAGUGGUAAUCGGUUCCGCGACACAGCGUCGCUAUUUGAUCUUGAACCUACCCGACCAUCCCGUCCCCGCGUACCCAGAGUGCCUACGCCCGAGCCCGAGUCUUUAGAGGAAAUGCGAGCAUGGAAUGCUUUUGAGAGAGCUCGGGAGAUCGAAAACAACCCGAGCGCUGCUCGAAAGCGCAAAGAACCCACUAUGUCGCCGUCCCCCGAACCCACCGAGCCUCAGCGCAAGUUAAAACGUCCUCGCACGAGGCGGCCGCAAGAACUAGCAGCACUCGCCCAACAAAACCAAACCGGGGAAUCAUCGAGAGCUGCAAGUGCUAACGCGCGACUAAAUGGUGAAAGCUCCGGCGGCCCAAGCUUCUUAUCGUCGCUAUUAAAGGAGGUUGAAGAUGCACCUAGCCGCAACUCAUACGGACCGUCCGCUGCUACAUCUGUCGUCCUCACCGAUGGCGCGUCCCCUGGCCCAUCGUCUCCAUCAAUAUCGCCUGCUUCUUCUAGUCAUUCCUCUCCCAUCAUGGCCUCUACCACCCCACCUCCUUUCCCACGAAGCCGCCCCAUCUCCCCUCUCCAACUAUCCUCCCCGGCCGAACCCUCAUCACCACCCUUCUCCCCCGAAGUCUCAUUUUCGGGCAGUCCAUCCAACGGCGCCAACGGCACAACAGAAGAUACAACACCUCGUCCAACUGGUCGGCCCCGAUCUCGUAUCCCCCAACGAGCACUCCAUGCACUCCAGACAUCACACUCCCGCUCAGCAGACUCAUCCCCAACCCGCGCGGGUCCAAGCCUAGCCCUCAAAUCCGACAUCCAGAGAAUGGUCGGCACAGCCUUGAAACCCCACUAUCGAAAGAAAACCAUUUCCAAAGAUCAAUAUACGAACAUCAACCGCACCAUCUCUCGAAUGCUAUACGAUCGAGUCGGCGACAAGCAAACCCUCGAAUCAGACGAACGCACCAACCUCGAAACAGAGGCCCGAUACGAAGUGCAGAAUACCGUCGACGCCCUCAAACGAAAAAGCAAAGAGAAGCAGCGCAUGCUAACCGCCGACUCGGACGGUGAUCCUUAA